AUGAUUUCCAUUAAUGAAAAAUCAUUGCUUUAUGCUAUGAUGGCGAUUACAGGACUUUCCACAGUGUUCUGUCUUCUUGGUUUGGCAACACCAGGUUGGGGUCGAGAUGGCAUCCAAGGUCCUGUUCUGGGAUUUUUUGUUUUCAGCCCUUCUGUAAGUAAAGACUAUGCAGCUGCUGGUCCUCUAUCUAUCGUCUCGUUGCUCUUGUUGAUCGGCUGUCUGACUGUAUUAGGCCUAAUAUUCAGCGGUAAACUAAAAAAUCAUUACGUACCUGUUGGAACAGUCAUUUUACUAAUUAUUACAACAAUUUUCCUGCUUAGCACGUUUUCAUCCUUCUUCGCUACGACCUACGAAUAUUCAGUCAAUCUGAUGAUAACGGCAUUUGUAUUUACGUAUUUAACAUCUAUUAUUGCAACCUACUGGCUCGCUACCAUACAUGGUGGUUUACCUCAUACCAAAACAAAAUCCGACAGUCACCCAUCUAAAAUUAAUAUAGGUGGUGGUGAACCAUCGGGCGAAUUCUAG